UCCCAUCCAUACCCACAGUGGCUGCACUGCAGCUGUGGGAAAACCAGGCAUCUUUAGAAGAGUGCGCAGUAACGGGUGCGCGCGCAUCACCUGGGACUCGUUCAGCUUUGUUCAGUAGCUCUGCGGCGGGAUCUGAGAGUCUGCGUCUCUACCAAGCCCCGGAUGCUGCUGAUCCAUUGCCCACCCUCAAACAAACCUGGAUACCGGUGCAAAUCCCAGAGUAAGGACGCGAAAAGGACUGAGGCACACAGGCCAGCUCCUUCUCCCAAACCUAAGAUUUCUGGAAUGUACAAUAAUGAUGCAGUUCAAGUCGAAGUGUUUGAUGGUUGUUACCAUGACAGCAAGACUGAAAUGGACCACACAUCCUUUGCUGUACACUCAGAAGGUGAUUCCAGUGCCAGGUUACCUACCAGAGCUGAACCCUCCUAAGGAAGAACGUCAGCAUUCCGGGACACCAGGGACACUGACACAGCCGAGGCCCAUGAAGAGGCUCUGCCCUUCCCAUCUGCAAUCAAGUCUCUUGUUUUAGUUCACUAGUAAGUUUCAUAUAUUAUUAAAUCCAAGGGGGACAAAAAAAUCUAAAUUUUUCUCAAUCUUCCCAUUUAAUUGUUAAAUUAAUAUGUCAAUCGUCAAUAGCAGCAUUUUGUAUUUUGUAUUAUUUGAGAUAAUAGUUUUCAUAGCUUUCUGGAGGCGUUUAGUAAUUAGUUACUUUAUUCACCAAAUGUUUGUUGCCCUCCUACAUGUGCCAGGCACUUUAUUAGGUAUUACAUACUAAAAAAUGCUUACCAAAUGACAUUCCUGCCAUCAGUAAGCAUGCAGCCCAGCAGGAACAAUGAACUGGUGGCUCUAAGAAAUAAUAAACAUAAUGGAUGUUAAAAUCAAGGUAUGUACACUGU